CGGGCCUGCUUACCAUUUUUGAAGAGUCGGGGGUACCGCUGAUGAGACUGUUGAUAAUACCCAUUGUCAGGUACUCGAUGUUGAAGUAUGGGAAGUGGCAGAAGAAGGGAGAAGAAGAUGAAGGUCAAGAUUUACUGCAGAGGUUUUAAGUCCGAGGCAUGGGCGCAACACAGCUUCCAAGUACCGAAUUGGUGGUUUCCAUCUACGGGCGUACAGCAAGGUGGUUGCUCGGCUUUGCCGGGGAGGUCGGGUUAUCCGGGGCUUAUAUCCGAGGUGCAUCGAUCAUUCCCCCGGAUUCUCCUUUCUGUUGGUCUUGGGCUUGGGAAUUCCACCCCCGCAUGACUCUGACAGUUCGUAUUUGCUCUCUCCACUUUACCCCAGAAUUCAUGGAUGUUCUCCACCUCGCUUGCAUUGCCGUUGCCACGCAUGUCGCAGUGCUUUUUACUCCAGCUGCAGUGGAAGGAAGGCUCGAACGUGAGAUGGUUGAGCUAGAGCCGUCUGAAAGAAGACUCCGCCUGCCGCUGGUCAUGCUUGCCACUCAAGUGUCACUACACCUCGCUCCGAAGACAGAGUGGGAGAGCAUGACUUCGCGUCAUGGCCAACGCGAGAAAUCCAGACAAGUUUGGUUCUGAUACGAGGAAGGCAAAGCUAAUCAUCUGAAUGAGCUUGAGGCUUGACAAUAUCCAGAUCUCGUUCACACAGGCUUGGCGAUGAUCUGCCCACGUGUUUGUGUGACGCACGUCCUCUGGCGUUCAAGGUACUUCCUAUCCUCGCCUCCUCCCCGAUCACCAACUGUCACAAUGA